GUGAGGAGAUCUUUAAUUCUUAACAAGUCUUGGUGGAUGAGUGGAUUCAUUUAGGUCGAGUCUCUCAGAGCAUGAAUUACUCCUAUUAGUCCCAUACCACAUAAUCCACAUUAACCUAGUUGGGUGAGGUAUCAAGUCAGGAAAUUGGGUUGGCUAUGAGUCUAUAACAAGUCCGAAUUAAGCCAGGUCUAUUUUAUUGAUGAGUUAUGCUAAUUUUUAUGUUUAUAUGAAUCGAAAUUUAAAUUGGCGUUAUUUUUUUGGAUCAAAUCGGGUCGGUUGAAUCACUAUUUGCCACCUCUUGGCUAGCAAAGUUAAGUCGAAAAUACUUUGGUGAGACUCACAACACAACUUCUAAGCAGAAUCGCAGCUUCAUACUUCCUGUUCACCGGCGUUUUGCGGCCGCUUGAAGGCCGUAGCUCUCUCGCCUCGCUAUUUACCUACACUCAUUUCCGUCUCUCUCAUCUGAGGCUGCGUUCUCUCUGCUUUAUCAAGAUAUAUGUAUCGUCUCUGGAAGAAUCAGACAAGUAUGUAUGUCUUCACUGCUUAUCUCUCACUACUAGAAAAUUUUUGGGCUGAUGAAGGUGAUAUUGAAUCUGCCUCACACCUGCUUUCAGAUCAUCUUGGGGAGACUUUUUUUACUUUGGGUGAAUAAGAAGACAUUAGCUCUGCUUUUUUGGAACUUCAGUUAUCCUUGUUGGGAUUCAAAGGAGACUACCAUGCAUCGUCAUCUUGGAUAUUUACUUACAAUUUGCAGAGUUAUUCAACAAGAUCUCAAAUGUAAGCUAGGGGCAGUACCCAAUAAUCAGUUUCUCAAUUCUCUUCACAUCUGCCCUCCAUGUUUUCCCUCCAACCUGGUCAAGUUUCGUGCUUUUCACCUUGAAGAAGACUCAGUUUUAUGUAAUCAAAGAGUAGAGCUUCAUGAACUUCAUAAGAAUUCUGAAGAGCUACCAAUGAACUUUGAUAUGACUGCUCUCAAGGUUCAAAAUUUGCUUAAAGAUUUCUCAAAUAGUUCAUAUGAAGAGCUUGUUAAAGCUCUUGAUAAUUGUGGACUGACUUUAAGUGAGGAUUUGGUGCUUGAUGUGCUUAUACGAUUUCAUUCAGAUUGGAAAAUGGCAUUUUUGUUCUUCAAAUGGGUGUCUAAUAAUCCAAGUGGUUAUUUUCCAGGAUCUAGGGUUUACAAUGAACUACUUGGGAUAUUGGGGAAGGCCAAGCGCUUUCAGGAACUCAGUCAAGUUUUUGACGAAAUGUCGAAGAGAGGAACCAUGAAUGAGAGAUCGUAUGGGAUUGUGGUUCAUAGGUAUGCUGCUGCUCAUAGGAUUGAUGAUGCAAUUGAAUUUUUCGAUAAGAGGAGGCAGUUUGGCCUUCCGAAUGAUUUAAUUGCUUUCCAAACGCUUUUGAUGUCUUUGUGUCGGUACAAACAUGUUGAGGCUGCUGAAUUUUUGUUCCAUUCAAAGAAAUGUGAGUUUCAGUAUGAUAUCAAGACUUGGAAUAUUAUCCUUAAUGGUUGGUGUGUGCUAGGCAGUCUACGGGAAACAAAGAGAUUUUGGAAUGAUAUUAUCCGCUCUAGAUGUAAACUUGACAAAAUUACGUAUGGGAUUUUCAUAAAUGCACUAUGCAAGUCAGGGAAAAUUAGUACGGCAGUAAAGUUGUUACAUGCUAUGUGGGAGAAGGGUUGCACUCCAGACGUGGUAAUUUGCAACAGUAUCAUUGACGGGCUGUGUUUUAAGAAGAGAAUUCCUGAAGCCUUCAAAAUAUUGAGGGAGAUGAAUGAGAAAGACUGUGAGCCUGAUGUGGUGACUUACAACUGUCUUAUUAAGCACAUGUGUAAGAUUCAGAGGACAGAGGCAGUCUUCCAAUUAUUGGAUGAAAUGAUGCAGAAGGGUGGAAAUUGUUCCCCGAAUUCUAGGACUUAUUGUCACUUGUUAACAUCAACAAAAACACCAGAGGAAGUUCAGACUUUGCUUGAAAGAAUGAAAUCUAAUGGAUGUGAGAUGACAGGAGACUCGUAUAAUUUGCUGCUGAAGUUGUACAUGAAUUGGAAUUGUGAAGAAAAUGUUCAAUCAACUUGGGCUGAAAUGUUGAGAGACGGCAUGGGACCUGAUCAGCGAUCUUACACGGUCAUGAUCCAUGGGAGGUAUGACCAAGGAAGAAUAGAAGAUGCUUUGGAUUAUGUCGAAGAAAUGACAUCGAAGGGAAUGGUGUUAGAGCCCAGGACAAAAUUGUUGGUUGACGCCAUGAACAUCAAGAUGAAAGAGAAAGGUAUAGAAAUAAACGAUACUAAACAGUCUAGCUAUGCGCAUAGGAGAGAGAGAGCAGAUACAUUUCUCUCUCAUCAAUGAAGCUUUGGCAAUGCUGAACUUUUCUUUGGUUGCGUCUAUUAAUUCUCCGAUAUAAUACUAUAUAGGAAUUUCUCUAUAUUAACAUGAACCUCAGGUGCAUGGAUUUUAUUUUUUUUAGAUUCAUCUUUGGGUUUUUUUUUUUUUUUUUUUUUUUGUUUGUGGAAGAUCUCAACCUAAAGUUAAUACAAAUUAUGGAUCAAAUAAAUUAGUACUCUCCCUGUCUCUAUUUUAUUGUCCCAUUUGACUAUGCACAGUCUAAAAAUGACAAUGAUGCAAAAUAAAGGGACGAAGGGAAUAUUUUUGUAUGUGAAACUCUAGUAGCCACCCUUUCCCCUUUCCCCUUUCUCUUCAUGUCUCAUUUUAAUACUUGAGACUAAAUUCUCAACACCCUUGGAAUCUUUCCAAAAUUAUUCUAUUUCGUAAUAGAGACUAAUAUCUACGAAGUAUAUAUACUUCAUUCGUACUUUUAAUAUUGUACCACUUGUCUUUUAAAAAAAGUUUUAUAAAUAUUGCAUAGUUUUUAUUUUAGGAUAAAAAAUCUUUGUUCACACUGCAGAUACCCAACAUACAUCUUACUUUCUCACACUUAAUUUUUUUGUUUAUGUUUAUAUCACAUGGACAGUUUUAUAUUUUUACCUU